CCACCGUAUUCUCGAGAUCCUCCCCCCCCCCAAACAAAAGGGUCGUUUUGGAAUUCGAGCGCGUCUCUCAGUCGCAGCUUCUCUGUUUCCCUGCUUUCCCCCAUCUCUUGGUUGACUUGGGGUUGGCAGUUUGAACGUCCUGUUUUCUCUAUAUCCCAGUGCCUCUUUCUCCAACAGGAAAAUAGAUUCAAGUGUUCUUCCUUCUCCCAGAUUUCGUGUUGAAAUUCUUCCCGAUCGCUGCCAUUCACUUCUCUGGCCACGGAAACGUGCGGAAAACUAGCUAGCAGUUUGUAGCUCAUGGCGGAAAUCUUCGAAGACAAUGCCUCUACACAGAAAUUGAUGAUUUGAGCUCCUCCUAGAUUAUCAUUUCCAGAUGUGUUUGAAGAAUUUAUUUCUUUAAUUUCCCCUUUCGCUUCUGGAAUUUGCUAUAGAAGAGAGUCGCUGCCAAAUAUCUGCUGCAAUGCGUGCACCAUCAUUGCUUACACAGUGCUUGUCUGGCUUGGUGGCUCAUGAUCGUGGAGGUCACAGCGUAAUCUCCUUUCCGGAGAAAGAUAUACACCUGCCAUCACCAGCAGUUGAGAUUCUCCCAUCUAAGGCAGUUCACCCUUACAAGUACAUUGGGGAUAAUGCAGACUUUCAAGGGGUCCAUUUUAAGGGUAGAGUCAGCAUUGCUGAUAUCAUUGGGGCCAGUGGUUCAGAGACAGUAUCCUCAAAACUUGAUGGGUACCUGAAAUCCUGGGACAGUUCCAUUGAUCUUGUUAGUGUUCUUAAGCAUGAGAUUCGUGAUGGUCAACUGAGCUUCAGAGGCAAAAGGGUACUUGAGCUUAGUUGCAACAACGGACUUCCUGGGAUCUUUGCGUGCUUGAAGGGAGCAUCCAUGGUGCACUUCCAAGAUCAUAAUGCUGAAACUAUUAGGUGCACUACCAUACCAAAUGUCCUUGCAAAUCUUGAGCAAGCUCGUGAUCGGCAGUGUCGGCAGCCAGAGUCUCCUCUGACUCCUUCAAGACAGACACUAGCACCAUCAGUUAGCUUUUAUGCUGGAGACUGGGAAGAACUGCCCUCUGUGUUGUCUGUUGUGAAAAAUGAUGGGUAUGAGGUGACACCUGCAAUGAGUUUGAGCUUUUCAGAAGAUGAUUUCAUGGAUGCAUGUAGUAGUCAAGAUGGUAGCAUCUUGGGACAUGAAACCUUUUCAAGGAGAUCUAGGAAGCUCUCUGGAAGCCGUGCUUGGGAAAGAGCUGGUGAGGCAGACCAGAGAGAGAGAGGUUAUGAUGUUAUUCUAAUGACGGAGAUACCAUAUUCUGUUUCCUCCACAAAGAAGCUGUAUGCACUUAUAAAAAAGUGCUUGAGGCCUCCAUAUGGAGUGGUUUAUCUUGCAACAAAGAAGAGCUAUGUGGGCUUCAACAAUGGAGCAAGGCAUCUGAGGAGCCUGGUAGAUGAAGAGGGCAUAUUUGGAGCUCACUUAAUCAAGGAUUUGUCUGACAGAUAUAUUUGGAAAUUCUUUCACAGGUGAUCAGGAUACUGAAAUCCAAUAGACUGCAACGGCCAACCACAGCCAAAAUUUUCUUUCACGUCAGUAUUCUGGUUCACGAGCAUUCUUUUGUUUUUUUUCCUCCCACAAAUAAUUGCUUCUAUUUUCUUAGCAAGAUACAAUGGGGAUCAGAAAUUCAAAAGCUAGGUAAGCAUUGGUGUACGCUGGGUUAGCGGAUUGCUGCUCGUAAUUCGUUUACGCUCAUGAUUUUAGCACGUGCAAAGCACGGUUAAUUUAUUGUAAAUAAAAUGGUCUUACGUAUUAUAAUGCAGAACAUGUUAUAGUUGAA